AUGCGAAGAAAGCCAUGGAGUGGCUGGUUUCCACAGGUCUUUGAUGCCAUCUUCCUUUCCAAAUUGUGGGACAUCCACAUCGAAGCGAAGAUGCUUCGUCACGUGGUCCGGAGGUGGAGCGCUGCUACUCACACCUUUGUGUGCUCAUGGGGGGAAUUUACCCAUACCCUUGAAGAUAUGGCGAAUAUCUCUCGCCUUCCUGUCUGUGGCGACUGUAGUCCUUUCGGCAUUGCCCUCACUCCAGAAGAAAUAGACAAUCUUGUAGUCUUGCGAAGAGGCGCUCCCACUUCUCCCAGCACUUCACUUUGGUUCAGUAACUGGAUACAAUAUUUUGGGGAUGCAAACAGACAGGGUCCCUGCCGGUUGGCUGCAUUUAUAGUUCUGUGGCUUGGGCGGUUUGUGCUCUGUGACUUUUCUCAGGACUGCCUGCACGAGUGUGUAUUUCCCUUGGCUUUGGCCAUAGCCCGAGGCAACACCAUCCCCUUAGCCCCCAUGUUCCUAGGACAUCUAUACCAUCUACUUAAUCGAACCCAGCUUCUGGAAAAGAAUGUAUCAGGAACCAUGGGCGUGGAGACCCUUCUAAAUUCUGGUUUCUUGCAAGUGUUCUUGUGGGAGCGUCUCAAAGGCUUGGAUGUGCAUUCACUCCCCCAUUCGCACGCUAUGAAGUUGGCUGACUGGGGCAAUGGUUCUUUCAUGCCAGACAAUCUCCCAUUAGUUUGCAGGUGGUUCAAUAAGAUGCAGCGGAAAGACCAGAAUUUCUUAAAGCUGCUGGAUAACGUCGAGAAUUUUGUCUUCCGUCCCUAUGGCACCUCAGCAGAGAUCUUCACUUUCGUGCCAUUUUAUGCUGACGUUAGUGAUACUGUUGAAGUUCCAGCAGCCGUAUCGCAGAGUGGCCAGUUCCGAAAGUACGCUUUGUUGAACGUUGCUCCCAUCCCCUUACCUAUUCUUGGGGAUAAUCGCGCAGAGAUUUCAGUGACCUAUUCUCCACACCGAGUCAGGCGGCAAUUCGGGCUUGACCAAGAGGUUCCCGGUAGUCUCAACCAUGGUGACCCCUUUGCACUACACAGGUUCUUCUGGAGCAAUGACCACAUACCAGCCAGUUGCAGGCCCAUCGUUUUAGCGAGCAAGGCGAGGGUUGAUGGCUUCUCCAGAGGCUACAAAGCUUACUGGAACCGUUGCCUCACUUUCGUGAGUUCCAAUCCUCUCACGGGGACAGAUUGCCUCAUACAACAGCCCGCCUUGCAGUCAGGUGACGUCGUCGAAGAGUUUCCCAAGACAAAUUCAAAGCCAAGGACGCAGAGUCCCCAUAGCUCUGGAAAAACUGUGACACCAGCAUCCAGCAGCCGAAAGCGGGAAAUGAAUGAAACUGUAAGGAAGGAGCCGAGUACCGGUAAACCUAGGAGGUUCAUCCCAAAGGUAGCACCAAGUGGCCCCCCUCGGACUAAAGAAGCAACUCCCCCUGAACGUCCACAGCCUUCGAAGCCUGUUGUAUCUGAGAGCCCAAGUCUUACUAGCAAGGCGCUAGAAACUUCACAUCUUCGCUGUAAGUAUCCCGCACUUCUAAUACUUCUCUGUGCCUUCUUUACUUGUCAUGUGUGUAUGAUAUUUAGGAAAAUGGGUACAACCCCAAAGAGAAAGAGAAGUGACACACCCCUGGUAUCUCCUCAGGUGACCCCUAAACGUCGUAGCAUGCGCAUUCUACACGCAAGAUCUAUUGGAACACGCACCAGUAACGUUGAAGCCGCCGGAACCCCAACCGUGGUGACAAUUGACGAUGAUAGUGAUGAUGGCGACACCACUGAAUCCGAGGUUGAUGUUCCAGAGCAAGAGAACGUUGAUGACAUCGGUGACAUGCGUGAAGAUUCUGACAGGGACUACAAUGAUGAUUGCAAUGAGGAUGCAUUUGCUUAUUCCAGCGACUAUCCAGGAGGACAAGUUGGUUUAGAUGCUUUCUUUUGGUCCGUUGGUAGCAGUACGCGCCAUUUUAGCUCUAAGACGGUUACUGACAUUGCUGAGGGCUCAAAUCUUGCUGCAGCCAUUGCUGACCCUGCCCGGAGUCCCCCUGAGGCUGAGUAUGCCAUUUUGAACUUGGAAAUUGUGCAUGUAGUGCCUUCUCCCUUCAACACAUUCAAUACACUGGUUGAGGCAGCCCUUGCAGGAUUUUCUCCACCCAUGACACCAACGAAUUCUUGGGAUGAAACACCUACGUUCCAAGUCACGAGCCCUUUACCACCUAUCUUCCGACAUUUUCUCCAGAGGGACCUUGACCCUGCUAUUUCGCUAGCCUUUCUAGCAGCCCUCCGGAGCAACACUUUUGCCGUCCACGAGACCCUGCCCGUUCCAUCCCAUAUUCAACCAUUUCUCCGGGCAUCAGGGCCUAGUCCCCUAGCACUUCUUCCAGCAGUUCAACCUGACAACGCGAGCGUUGCUGAAAACUCCUGCAGAACACCCUCCUAA